UGCAGUCUCGGAAACGAUGUUAGUGACAUUAUUUGAGUUGGUUCGACUUUGGUUGAUGCAGUCUUGAAUUAAGACGCGAUAAUUCGAAUUUGUCCAGAUGUGUUUGAGUUCGGAAGAGUGUAAUUUUGCGGCGGCCUCAACCACGAGCUGUAAACCGCGAAUUAUUCCCAAAAUAUCGCCAGAACGAGACAUUAGGUACUAUGAAAUAAAAUGCAAAAAAGUCAAUGUUUUAAAAAUUUCCGCCUAUUAGUUGGCAAGGCUAAUAACCAAUUACACUCUACGUACCUAUUUUAAUUAAAAAAACGAGAAAUUAAUUUAUAAUCAAUGAAAAACACCCGCAAAAGUGAGGUUAAAAUUUUGUGACAGAUGACACCUGCCACAAUUCGAGAAUAAAAAAUGAGUGACACAGCAAGUGCACUAGUUGAAAAUGAAUCAGGAGAACUACCGGAACAAGCGCUCCUCGAAGACAAGCCCCAGAAACCUUUAAACAUGUCUCCAGGUGCUGUGAAAUUGCGUAGUUGGCUCAACAAAUCACUCAGAAUCCAGAUGUUUGAUGGCCGAGUUUUAGUUGGUGUCUUUUUAUGCACUGACAGAGACGCCAAUGUAAUUUUGGGUUCAUGUACCGAAUAUUUACCAGCUGAGAAUAAUAGUGAUAGUACAAUUGAGGAACCAAGGAUGCUGGGUUUAGUAAUGGUACCAGGAAAACAUAUACAGACUGUCUCAAUUAAUCAAAAUCAGCAAAAUACCGGCGAAUUAAGUACGCUUUUAACUAAAGACAUUAAUCCAGAGGAAGUCACGUAAAAUAGUAUUUUUACAGUGCUUUAUUUAUUAUGUAAUACAAAAUAUGCAUUAUGUGCAAGUGGAUAAAUAAAAUAUUAGCAAAAAUAGUGGACAGGUUUCAUAUUAGGUAUUUUUUUCACUAUAAACAAGCAAUAUCGUGAUAAACUCUUCUUUUCUCGAAUAUUUUAACAUCAUCUGUGGAUUUGUUUGGAAUUCUGAA